AUGGAGCUCGACAAGGACAAUGCGAACCCCACCAUCCUAAACCCAUCCGAUCUGCCAUCGCGCCGCAGCGACUCGACGGCCAAGCGGCGGGACGACGGCGGCACAGGCCUUUUCGAAGACCUGAUACCGCGCUACAGCCACCUCCUCGACGACGCGCCCGUUUCAGCGACCGACUCGGACGACGAUGACGAUGAUUGCGCACCCGAGGCCAUUGACGAACAGGAAGUCUACGACCUCAUUUCCACAAUCUGCGACCCGGAGCACCCGCUGUCGCUCGGCUCGCUCUCAGUCGUCAAUCUUCCCGAUAUUCAUAUCCUGCCGCCCUCGUCACCGCAUUCCAACAUCAGCACCGUCGUCGUUGAGAUCACUCCGACCAUCACGCAUUGCUCACUGGCCACCGUCAUUGGCCUGGGUGUGCGCGUCAGGCUCGAGCAAGCCCUCCCCCCGCGCUUUCGCGUCGAUGUCCGCAUAAAGAAGGGCACUCACAGCACAGACGAGCAGGUCAACAAACAGCUGGGGGACAAGGAGAGGGUCGCUGCUGCCUUGGAAAACGGUACGCUCAUGGGCGUGCUGAAGAAGAUGCUCGUCACGUGCGAAUAA